ACAGGCGCUCUUUGGGCACACUGCUCAACUAGGUCCUAAAGCUGAGACGUAAACAGCAGCGUUGUUAGCAACAUGAUGGCGGCGCUCUCCAGUACGCAGGUGCUCUCUCUCUAUCGGAUGAUGUUGAGAGAAAGCAGAAACUUCCCGUCGUACAAUUACAGAACCUAUGCCCUCCGGCGGGUGCGUGAUGCCUUCAGGGCCAACAAGCAAGUAGAUGACCCCAAAACUGUGGAGAGGCUGGUUUUGGAGGGCCGGCAGUCACUGGCACUGAUACAAAGACAGGUGGCCAUCGGGCACAUGUUCAAGACCCAGAAGACAGUGGUUGAGUAGCAGCAUGCAGGAGAGAGAUGAGGACGUGACAUCACCGCCAAUCAACCAACCGCCACAUGCUAUCUCUGAGGUGGGAGAGGCAUCGUGGGGGUGUUUAGCGAAUAUCCUUUGUGAAUGUUGUAUAUAAAGUCAAAACAAAAUAAAAGCAGUCACAAUCGGAAACAUCAGAGUAUUUUGGCACGUAACCAAAAAAUGCUUUAGUCUCAGAUGACUUUUCCUACUUUGCAGCACAGAAGGAGAGGAGGGGCGUUCAGGUAAAGGUUUUGUAGGGCGAAGGUAAAGCAGGUGAUUGACCGUGCCACGCUAAUAAUAGACCAGUGUGUUAGCUCAGGGGCGUGCGUGCUGGUCCACUUGCACACAAACAUGGAUGUCGUGUUUGUCAACCCCUGCACAUGCCGCACACGUUGUGUGGCCUGAUACCAGGGGUCGUCGUUGGGACCACAUUGAUCAGGAACAGAGAGUUCCGUUUGCUGCAUUUAUGGUGGCUUACAUUUUUCAAAUAGUUGUUUACACUCUGUUGUCACAUUAGUGCUGGCUUCCAAACAGCUGGGAAGUAGAAAAUUGGGGAAUUUGUGACUGACUAGUUUUCAUCCCUUCAACUUUAAAGCACCUCUAAUACUAAACAAGAUGCUUAUUGAGGUCAGCCAUUUGUUUUUGUUUACUUUCACAUUGCAUGCUUUGAACCGCCAUAAUGUGUCCAAGUGAGAUAUUUCCUAAUCCCCAGCGCUCUGGAACGCACCAAUCACGAGUGUUGACUGACCAAACAUGGGGGUCACUUUGGUCAAUUUGGGCCUCUUUUGCAGGACUUUGGAUGAUGACAAGUUUAACAAUUGCAAUCCAGCCCGGGGCAUGGUUGUCCUAUCUUGGUCCUAACAGAACAAAACCAAACAAAACCACGUCUCACGUCCACAGAUGACUUUUAUUUCAGCUUGUCAUCACUUCUGAGUGGCCUUUUGGCCUUUCAACUGAGUUUUUGAAGAUGGCAUCACCUCUGAUGCAAUGACAUCAAAGCGCAAACUAUCGCUCAGGAGGCACCGACAAAAUGCUCGUGUAAACCUCGGUACCAGAGGCUGAAGUUCCGGCCGUCGUUGUUGUCCCAGAACUCACCCUCAUCAGUCCGCAGGUACACGGCGAAGUGGACCGCCGAGCCGGGCUCCAUGAAGGGCGGCGUGUACAUGGUGAAGCUGUAGCGCAUGCCCACAGCACCCGGAAGCUGCACGUCCACAAGCAGAGCCUGCGCAUCCACAUGGGAGAGCCAGUCGUUGAAGGUGUAGCGAACCCCAACCUCUCUGUGUGCGCUGCCGCUCAGCACACGUAUGUGCCCCCGCACGUCGAACUGAGUGACGGAGAGCUGCUCCAAGCAGACGCGCAGAUGCUGGACACGACCGUCUGGGUCAUGGGGCUGCGGGAGGUCAAAGUGUUGGUCCAGUACCCCCAGACGGUCUCCUUGUGGAGGGAAGCUGGCAUGACGAGAAAACACUUUGCUGGGGACAUGAGGCUCCUCCAGUGAGCUGAAGUGUUUGACGCUGGCCAGACUCAAGCCCAUGGAGUCUGCAAAUGUCACCCUCUUGGGCCCGUUACUUCCAGCCACAGCAGCCAGCAGGGCAGCCGGGCAUGCCGGAAGCGACCUGGCCCUCCGGCGCUCUGACAUGUGCUUCUCCAGCUGGCAGAUGUCAUCCUCGUCUGCCAGCGUAUCAUCCUCGUCGGGGCCCGCACACGGCACCUCGUCCCCGGCCUGGAACUGCAGCGCUGAGUGGGACAUGACGGCUGCCAAGCCGCCCCUCAGUGUGCUGCACGCCGGUCAGAGUCCAUGUGAUCCCAGUGUGGGAUGGCUUGUAUAGAGGAGGGGACAACACCCCCACCCGCCCCAACGUCAUAGCCCAGCCCCCCCCCACAACCCGGAAUGCUGCACCUGCUAUCACGUACUUAACGUAGAACAACUUUCAACCACUGACACUUGAACUAAACACACAUAAACACACAUACUACAUACAACAUGAACAUGAAUUCAUGUGGACUUGUGUGCAGGUUGACAUUCAAAGCAACAGCUUUAUGUUUCAUCAAUGAGUACCACAUUUAAAAUGGCAGAGAAGCAUGCAGACGUGUUUUAAAAUUGACGACCAGCAACACAAAUUUGGAAAAGAAAGAGGCAAAAUCAAUGUGACAUUUUGACCUGUAAGCAUAGCUUGGCCAACACUAAUGUUGAAAACAAACGUUAUCCGGUCUAAUAGAACGACUUGAAAGAAUCAGCACUUAUUAUAUAGGUGAUGUCUUUGUUCAACCCAUGUUUCUUUAAAAUAACUCCUCUUCCUUGAAAUAUCCAAAGCUUUAGCCUGAACAUCCUGUUGAUUUUGUCUUCAAGAUAAUGCAGAAUAGGGCUGCACGAGUGGUUAGCGUGUAGGCCUCACAGCUAGGAGACCCGGGUUCAAAUUCAAUUUCCAUGCGUGGGUUUCCUCCCACAUUCCUAAAACAUGUGAGGUUGAUUGGAGACUCCAAAUUGUCCAUAGGUAUGAAUGUGAGUGUAAAUGGCUGGUGACCAGGGUGGACCCCGCCUCUCGCCCGAAGACAGCUGGGAUAGGCUCCAGCAUGCCCGUGACCCUCAUGAAGAUAAGCGGUAGAAAAUGAAUGAAUAAUGCAUCUAUAGUCCCAUAAAUAACACAAACAUGUCAGCGCUUGCACAGGAACAUGGCAUCAUGCCGACACAAACAGCACGUUACAAAUGUCCGCGUCAGUAAAGCGUUAUGUUACAUAACACUGUCUCCGAGUGCGUCACUGCAAAGUCAACACUGACAUCAUAGACCAUCCUGAUGUCACUUUCUCUUACAAAAACAAAUGCUCAUUCAUCAAUAUUCUUAUUUUACGUCACUAUCGUUGAAUGCCUCCUGCUGCCCACUCAAAUUCUUAAAUGUGUUUGUGGUGAAACAUUCAGUGACAUUUGGCAUGUUUUUCUUGAACGACAGUAGCACCAUCUAUUGGCAAGUGACUCCCUGUGUCAGCAAGUUUUGUGGCUAUUACUUAGAAAUAAUUGAUAAUUGAUGAAAAAUGAUUUUAUUUGGUCUCAUUCAAGUCAACUCAUACACACAGGAAGUUCAUUCAUACCAUCGCACAAUGUAAUAGCAGAUGCCUGGCGAUCAUGCUGUUUUUCUUGAUGUUGCUCACAUGACUCGGAGCGCCUUCACCGCUCCUCCUGGACGAUUUCAAAAUGUUUCGAUCACGGAGAAUUACAAAAAAAAAUGUAUACAUCUGAAUUUUUAAGUGCAAUUUCAGUCGUCUGCAGGGCAGAGCCUCGGCUGUCAAUCAGAGAGCGAGCGGUUAUGAUGUCACCGCAGCAGGCCAUGACGUCACACCUCGCUUUCUGCCGUGCAGAUGCGGUACACCAGCGUGACGAUGGCGGCGACCACGGCUGGGAUGAACCAGUUCGGCCACCAGCUGCAAGGACAAUUCAUGCGCAUGUGAGUAUCAGCGUACGUUUGCUUUGUUGUUUGUGUGUGUACCUUUGUUCAUCCCUCAAGGUGGUCACCAGACUUUCCUGGAAAACAAACACAUCAUAAUCUUUAUGAAGCCACCACUGAAAGUGGUCUCGACUGUAAGUGAACUCACGGAGGGCUUGGCCAGCUUCUCUCUGUCGUCCUGCACAAAGAAGCAAGCAAACAAACAAAACGCUGAGUCAUGUUUGUCUACUCAAUGCAGACGCCAUCUUUGUUUUUUUUAAAUCCUGACUAAAUACUAUGGAAAAGAAGGUGGUCAGACCGGAUGCAGCUCGCCAAUCACCAUCUGGCUGGCCACUUCCCGCGCAUCGCUUGAGUGUCCCACGUCCUCAAAGCUCUCAGUGGCAUCUCCACCCGCCUGCUCCCUCAGGACCUCCUCCCCACCAGGGUGCUGGAGACAAGGGUUGGACAUUGAACGUGUCAUAAAAUGAGUUUUGAUAAGAGGGAAAGCAAACAUGUACAUAAUUAUUGUCAACACUUGGAUCUUUUAACGCUGCUGACAUGACCUCCGGUGGCCUUCACACUGCAUCCACCAUCAGCGUCCUUCGGCGCAACCUUGACAACGGUCCAAAAUGUUGACUGAAGGACAUCUAGAACAUUUGAGUGGACGUCAUCCCCCCUCUUUUCACUACUUUUACACAACAUUACCAUUACUUUUGGCUUCUAGCAACUUAGCAUGGACAACUGUGCCCUUAAAUGACUCAGUUGAGUUUCUUAAUUUACUUAUUGCUCAGCCCUUCUGUCCAUAUCAACAGAAAGCAUGUAUCUACCCCCUACACUUCCGGUACAAAGGCCAUGUGACGUGAAGGGGUCUCAUGUGUGUCCUCACCUCCUCUAGGAACUUGGUGACAUCGUAGACUUUGUGGUGGAUGACGAUCCAAGUAGACUUAAACGUGUUUUGCUCCUCGAUCUCCGCCAGUCUGAAAUAUUUCACUCCAUCAGGGCUCUUUUCCUCCUUGUUCGCCAUCUUUUGUUUUGCAGGCACCAACCAGACACGUCGCAGUAAAGGAAAGAUUAAAAACUUUUACUUAAUCACGACUUUUACCUCCCCACAAUCAGCGACAUUUAACCUACUUGCUAUCAACAAAUAAGCAUGGUUUUAGAGUCGACUUGUAUCGUACUUAAACUCCGGUUUACACUUUCAAAUUAAACUCAACCAGCUCAACCAA